AUGUCGACCAGCAAUGCGCCGCAGCCAGUCAAGUUAUCUCUGCCUCUGGAAUACCAGCAGCAGCUGUUCCAGGAGCUUCGAGCCGAAGAUGAACUCGUGAUCCUGGCCCGCGGGCUGGGCCAGAUGCGCCUUGUCACAAACCUCCUCCACUCCUACGAUGCCGCCGGGAGCAACCUCAUCGUCCUCGUCGGCGCAGACGAGCGUGAGAACAACUGGGUUGGCGAAGCACUGGCCGAGCAUGCCGCCAUCAGCGCAUCUCCCAAGGCACGGGGCCUGACCGUUGUCAACACGGAUUCUCAAACCGUCGGCGCCAGAGAGAAGAUGUAUGCAAACGGGGGUAUAUUCAGCAUUACGUCUCGUAUUCUCGUCGUCGACCUCCUUACGGGACUGUUGAGUCCCGAGCUCAUCACCGGCCUUGUUGUCCUUCAUGCAGACAGAAUUGUUGCCACUUCCUUGGAGGCCUUCAUCCUUCGAGUGUACAGGCAAAAGAACAAGGUCGGCUUCCUCAAGGCCUUUUCGGACAAUCCGGAUCCUUUUACCACGGGCUUCUCACCAUUGACCACCAUGAUGAGAAAUCUGUUUCUCAAAAAGGCGUCUCUCUGGCCAAGAUUCCACGUUGCCGUUGCACAAUCUCUUGAAGGCAGGAAAAAGGCCGAAGUUAUUGAGCUUGAGGUCCCCAUGACGGACUCCAUGACGGAUAUUCAGAAUGCAAUCAUGGAAUGCGUCGAAAACUUUGACGUAAUUGUCCGUCGCCAGCUCGAUCCCAAUUGGCAUCGGGUCAGUUGGAAGACACGGCAGAUUGUCAACGACUUAACCAUCCUCCGUGGGCUGCUCAGCAACAUCCUCACCUACGAUGCUGUGUCUUUCUUGCAGCAUCUCGACACUAUUCACGCCGCACACUCCCCUCCUCCCGGGUCGACCCGACAAUCCCAAUCACCUUGGCUGUUCUUGGAUGCUGCCCAAACCAUAUUUGACACCGCCCGGAGGCGCGUUUACUCUGCGAGUCCCAAAAACGUAUCGCAAAGCGGCGAAAAUAUUGAUUCUUUGCGACCCGUUCUUGAGGAAUUGCCAAAAUGGGGUAUCCUGGCAGAAGUCCUGGAGGAGAUUGAUCGAGAUCUGUUUUUUGAGCCCAAGGCUCGAGAUGACUCUAACGGGGGCAUAUUAAUCAUGUGCUCAAAUACAGAUACCUGUCGGCAGCUUCGUGACUAUCUUCAAACCAUGCAUGUGAAGCCAAAGGUAGACAAGGAGAAGCUUCCUGUCGUAGACGACCCCGAAUUCGAACGUGAACGCACCGAGGAAGCCCGCCGACCGUCUGCCAACUUUAUGAUGAGGCGGAAACUUCGAAACUACCUACGGUGGAAACGACAGUUUGCGCAAGUCAGCGCCAGCUUGUUCGCCGAGAAUCAAAAGGCUCUCAACGGUGCGUCGGACCCACGGCCGGGACACGGCGGCCUGAGAGGAGGCAAAGCGCCAGCAAACAAGAGGCGGAGAAUGCGAGGCGGAGCCAGCUCAAUGGCCAUGUAUGGACGUACUGACAACGGGAGCAUUGCGCAAUAUUUUGAGAAACCGGCCGAGGUGGCCGAUCUCAUGGCAGAAGUCCAGAUCACAGAAGAGGAAGCGCAGCAGCAGAAAGAAGACAUUAUCGCCGAUCCGCUGGAAGACAUGGAAGACUACUAUCAGCUAUUUGAGAUGCAGGACCUGGUUGUUGUGCACGCCUACGACGGAGACCAGGAUGAGCAUGUGUUGGAAGAAGUCAAGCCACGAUACAUCAUCAUGUAUGAGCCGGACGCCUCCUUUAUUCGCCGGGUGGAAGUAUACCGUUCAUCUCACAAUGACCGCAAUGUCCGAGUGUACUUUCUGUAUUACGGGGGCUCAGUCGAGGAGCAGCGCUAUCUGUCUUCCGUCAGACGGGAAAAGGACGCCUUCACCAAGCUAAUCAAGGAGCGAGCGAGCAUGUCGUUGGUCAUGACGGUCGACCCGCACGGCGCAGAAGACCCGCAGGAGGCCUUUCUGCGAACCGUCAACACCCGCAUCGCCGGAGGCGGUAAGCUGGCGGCGACGGCCGAGCCGCCUCGGGUCGUUGUCGAUGUGCGAGAAUUCAGGUCUUCGCUGCCGUCGCUGCUGCACGGACGCUCCAUGGUUGUAGUGCCAUGCAUGCUGACGGUGGGCGAUUACAUCUUGUCGCCCAACAUUUGCGUAGAGCGGAAGUCCAUCAGCGACUUGAUCUCGUCCUUCAAGGACGGCAGACUGUACAGCCAAGCGGAAACCAUGUUUCAGUAUUACAAGAACCCCAUGCUACUGAUUGAAUUCGACCAGAACAAGUCAUUCACCCUAGAGCCCUUUGCCGAUCUGUCGGGCAGCCUCAACAGCGUGGCCCCCACCAACGUGUCGUCAGAUCUCCAGUCUAAGCUGGUGCUACUGACGCUGGCCUUUCCUAAGCUGCGCAUCAUCUGGUCAUCUUCCCCAUACGAGACAGCAGAGAUAUUCGCCUCUCUGAAAACCCUGGAGCACGAACCUGAUCCGAUUGCAGCAGUGCAGGCAGGCCUGGACAAGGACUCCAAGGUGGAAGAUCAAGUCUUCAACCAAGAGCCGCAGGAAAUGCUGACCAUUGUACCGGGCGUGACGCCGCAGAACAUCAAGAGCCUCGUCAUUGAUACGGAGAACAUACGGGAGGUGGCCAACAUGGAGCCCAAGGAGCUAGAGCCGAUUGUAGGCAGAGCAUCGGCCAACAAAAUUCACGGCUUCUUUAAUAGGAAUGUGAUGGAGGAAGAUGACUGAUAUAUCUCCACCUUACCAGUGCUAUUUCAUGAGACUUGUACAUAUACGACGGUUUUCACAUUUCACAUAAUGAGCAAGGAUAAAAGUGUGCCAAUAUAGCGUCUUAUUCAAAAUUA